AUGGGCUGGGAAGAUGUGGUACGUGUUUUCAAGCGGCUGAAUAAUGUUUUCGAAAAGUAUGAAACGUUGCCCUCGUUUAUUUUGAAACCAAAACAAGUUCAAUGUUUCGAGUAUUUAGGAGAAGGACACCACGUUAUAGCUGUUUUGCCUACUGGGUUUGGUAAAUCGUUAAUUUAUCAACUUUUACCCAACUUUGUUCCAGAACGAAAGGCAGGCAAUAUUGUACUUGUUGUCUCUCCUUUAACAUCAAUUAUUCAAGAUCAGUUAGUAAAUUUAAGUAAAGUAGGCAUUGAAUGUGGUUUCUUACAACUCGAAGACCAAGCUAAUAGCCAGAGAUACGAACCCUUGCUUGAGGAAGAUUUGAAUGAUGCAUCAAAUUCUGUUUUUAAAAUUUCAAAAAGCAUUGUUGCAGGCAAAUGUAAAAUUUUAUUUGCACAUCUAGAGUCACUGUUAUCAGAUCAGGGAAGGAAGAUAUUACGAUCAAAAAUUUAUGAGGAAAAUGUUGUGGCUUGUGUGAUAGACGAGGCGCAUUGUUUGGAAUUAUGGGGUGAAGAAUUUCGUACAGAAUUUCAAAACUUAUCAGUUUUACAAGCAUUCUUCCCUCACAGUAUCAUGUUAGCUUUGACUGCAACUGCUUCACCAACGAAAUUACGUAACUUAAAAAAAGCUUUGAAAAUAGAAAAUUGCAAAGUGGUUACUGCAAAUCCAAAUCGUAAAAGCAUUUUUUUAAAAAAAGAAAUAAGAAUGAGUAAUUGCAAAGGUUUAGCAGGAUAUGAGGAUAUAUUACUACCUAUCGCAACAGAAUUGUUUGAAAGAAUAUUGGGUGAGGAUCAAUAUGUUGAUCAUAAAAAACAUCCAUCUUCUCGACUUUUUAAUCAGUAUCACUCACCACAAACAAAGUUAAUGAAAACAACUAUUUUAGAAGAAAUAAAACGUGAAAACUCUAGAAUAAGAAUAAUUUUUGCCACUACAGCACUUGGUAUGGGUGUCAACACACCAUUUGUCAUGAAGAUUAUACAUAUUUCUCCCCCGUCCAACAUUGAAUCGUACAUUCAAGAAAUUGGACGGGCAGCCCGACGUGGUCAACCAGCAGAAGCAAUAUUGUAUUACAAUAAUUCAGACAUUUCAACGAAUAAAAAAAAUGUUGACCAGCAUAUGAAAGAAUUUUGUGACUUGACAACUUGUUUAAGAAGUUUUUUACAAAAUUAUUUUGGCUUCAAACACACAAAACAAGAAUUGUGUUGUUGCAACUGUGAAAUUCUAUCCUUGGAAAGUAGAAAAGCAAAAGAAAUCAAGAAACCUUCACCCUUUAUUGACAAAAGUUUUCUGCCUGACUUGGAAUUAUUGAUCAAUAAAUUAAACACAAGAGCUGAUCCAUUGUUUGCUGAUAUAUGCACUGCUAACACAUAUGCUAAAAUAAUAGUUCCACGUAGCGUAAAACCACUUUUGACAAUCUGUACUGCACUUGACAUAAAAUUACCUCCAAUUAAUUUCAACAACGUAUCCCUUGAUGAAGGAGAUAAACAAUAG